GUCUUGCUUACUCGGCUUACUGUGAGGCCGACGUGGACUUGACACGAAACAUUGUCCUUUUCUCAGCUGUUUGACACGAUGCCUCCCAAAAACAAAGGCGCGAGUAAAAAGGCUGCAAAGGCAAGGACGCCAACACUGAUAGAUGGACUGACCAAGGAGGAGCUAUCCAAAGAGCAGCUGAAGGAACACAUUGUGCGCCUUCGAGAGGAGCUGGAUAGAGAGAGAGAGGAGAGGAACUACUUCCAGCUGGAGAGGGACAGGAUACACACCUUUUGGGAUUGUACAGAAAGAGAGGGACAGGAGGUCAUGGCUCAACUGAAAAACAUGGACCAGGCAACUGAAGAGGAUGAGUGGCGCCACCAAGUGGAGAUCAAGGUGUACAAGCAGAAGAUGAAGCACCUCUUGUGCGAACACCAGAACACGAUCUCCGAGUUCAAAGCGUUUGACUCGCUCUCUACUGACGCUCGACAGAAAGAGCAAGCAAAGCUGGAAAUUAAGCUUCACAAGGAAAUGACGGCCACCAUGGCAGACAUGCUUGUCAGCAAUGAAAACCUCGUCAAGGAACUUAAACUGAAACACCAUGAAGAAAUAGCAGAAACAAGGGACAGAUUUGAGAAGCAGCUCACUGAUAUUCAAGCCACUAAUGAGGAAAAGAUGGAGUUUCUGUCAAAAGAGUUGGAGGAGAAGAGGAAAAAUGAGCUCAGUGAGAGAGAGGAUCACUGGAACAGGCACAUCGCUGGUCUUAUAGAAGACCAGAACAAUGCUCUGAAGGCUGUUAAUGAAUGUGUGAGUGACAUCCCACAGGUUCUGGAUAAUUGUGACUCACUUAAGGCCCAAAUUAAAGAGAUGAAGAUGCAACUGAAGAAGAAAAAGGACCUGAUCCCCGUCACACAAGAUAACAAACAUCUUGCCGAGUACCUCUCAAAAGUCAAGGAGGAAAUUGCUGAGAAAGAGAAAAAAAUUUACAGAAUAAAAAAGAUUAAUUCUGACACCCAUCAGAAGCUCAAAGAAGCACAGCUGAGUGAUCUGAAAAAGAAUCAUGAGGCAAUGAAGCAGAAAUUCAACAAGCUUCAGCUGGAAAGGGAUGAGCUGUACAAGACGUUCCCUGAGAUAAUUGAGAGGGAGCAACACAGAGCGGGUCUAAAGAGUGCACUGCUGGAGACGAAGCUGAAAUCCAUGACUGACCACCUGGAGAAGACACAGGCCCAGCUCCUCUCUGUGCUUUCUGCAUCAAACAUGGACCAAACAGCCCUCUGUGAGCUCACAAAGAAUAUUGAGGAAAGUCUUGACUCAAGUAACAAUGCUAUUAAGGACUCAGAGUUUAAAAAAGCAAAGAUUUCCAAGGCACGCGAGGAUUUGAUGCUGCUCUAUGAAACAAAGCUAAGGGCCCUUGGUGUCCCAGUUGAAGAGACCGUUGGGAUCAGUCUGGCUAGAAAAUGUCCCGGACAGACUGAAAAUGAGUCCAAAUAGCUCACUUCUCUGCAUGCAGGCAGAGAAUGAGAAGCAGUUUGAUCUUAAUAAGUUCAUAUUAUCACCCAUUUUGACUUAAAUGUGUCAUGUUCGAAAAGGUUAGAUUCUGCCUUGUGCUGUACAGACUGUAUAAAAUGAUUUCAUGGACAUAGUUUGAGCUUAAUUGAAGAGAGAGGAUUUAGACAGUAUAUUUUGGUGCAACCAGUCUAGGUUGUAUGUCAUGUCUGUAAAAUCACCUCAGUCUUUCAUUUUCACUCAUUUAUUUAUUUUUUCUCUCAAGAUGCAUACUUUAUAUUAGAACAAGAAUGAAAACCUGUCCCUGAAUUGAGAAGAUGCAUUAAAUUUUUCCACUGCCCCUCCUGUAGCUCACUUCUGUUGUAGCACAACUAUGCUUAACAAAUGAAGGGCAGCUCAUUGUUUGAAUAAUGUUUUAAUUUCGUUAGCAUGACGAUACUAAGAAUUUAGACUGGUAAAUUCCAAUGAUGUGAACAUUUUGUUAUAAUAAAGUUGUUCAGAUUGGCUA